CAGUGCAAAUAUGGGCAAAGGGGCAUGUGAUGCGGAAAAAUGUAGUGUGAACAAGCUAAGAUGCUAAUUAUCGGCUGAGAAUUACACGUCAGUCUACACUAGUCACCAGUUUAUUUCACAUUAACGUAUAUUGAAAGCUAAGCUUUCAAUUUGGAAAAGCAGGAAUUCAGUAGUUGUCUCAAACUCGUUAGAGAGAAACUAAAUUUUUGGCGUUUAGAAGUCUCACUUGGACAACUUUGGAAUAACCUGGAAAUAAUUCAGCAAUAUGUCAACACAAACUACACACGCCCCUUCGGCGCCGGAAUUGCCCACAUCAACUCAGGAUGAAGCCUCAGCACCGCCAGCUGAAUCUAUGCCCGGCGGUUGGACUUAUUUUGAUAAUUCAGUUAAUGGCACAGAACAGACUUCACCAACCUCUACCGCACCACAAACUACACAAACACCAUCAGAAGGAACUGUAGUUAAAUCCACCAGUGAUGAUGCCACCGCUGGGUCAGCCGCAGCCGCAACUACAAAUAAUGCAACGAAAACAACAACUUCCACUGCGUACUCGUUUACAGGCAGCGCAUUGGGUAGCGAUUCAACAGCAAACAUAAAGAAUCUUAAGACCGAAACAAGUACUACCACUACAACUAAUGGUGACUCCACAGCCAAUAAGAAAGAAGAAGAGAAGAUGGACGAUUCCAUAUAUGAGUGUAAUAUUUGUCUCGAUACCGCCAAGGAUGCAGUUGUCAGCAUGUGCGGUCAUCUCUUUUGUUGGCCAUGUUUGCAUCAAUGGUUGGAGACACGGCCAAAUUGCAAAUUAUGUCCAGUGUGUAAAGCAGCUAUUGGCAAAGACAAGGUGAUUCCACUGUAUGGACGCAACAGCGCUAAACAAGAAGAUCCAAGAAAUAAGGUGCCACCACGCCCUGCUGGUCAACGUAGUGAACCUGAACCAGCACAAGGUUUUCAGGGUUUCGGCUUCGGCGAUGGCUUCCAUAUGUCCUUCGGUAUUGGUGCUUUUCCAUUUGGAUAUUUUGCCUCUUCGUUCAAUUUCGGCGAACCACGCGCUGCGGCUGCCAAUCGUGGCACCACACAAUACGAUGAUGAACAGCAAUUAUCCAAAUUAUUUCUGUAUUUGGCCGUCUUGUGCAUUGCUUGGUUAUUGUUCGCAUAGUACCAAAUUCUCUAUACAACAUACUAACAUACAUAAAUAAAUAUUUAUGCAAUGAGCCCACUUUUUCAUUUGUUGCUCCAUGCUGGCGAUUAUUGUUUAAGAAAUCUAAAAACAAUGUAUAUGUAUGCAAUAUAUAAUAUACACAAAAAUACAUUCAUAAAUACAAAAUUAAUAUAAUUAUAACACUGUGGAUUACAUACAUAUGUUGCUAUCAAGAGAGGAAUUAAUAUAGUAAUAGUAAAAUUAUAAAAAAAAGUGAUACCUUCAGAAUAAAUGUAUGCAAUGAAUUAAAAACUGGACUUGGAACUGUGAAAUAGAUUUUAGUGCACGAACUUCAUGACGUAUCAUCUGCAUGCUAAAUUAUCAGUUCCGAUGCACUUUUACUAUACAAAUUUUAAUAUUUACUUUCAUUUUAUUUAAUUUCCUUUAUUUUUGGGUUUUAUGCGAAGUUUUCUUUGUAAAAUGAUAUAUGUACCUAGAUUUCUGCAAAUGUAUUUGUGAUUAAGCGAUAAAGUAGAGUAUAACACGUCAUUUAAACUCUUGGCGUUUAGUUGUCUGUACCACAAAUAAAUUCUUUACAUCCUUUUUAAAUUUA